AAAAUUAACCUCAUUUUAAUUGGACAUCAACCCUACUCGCGUAUCCAACAUUUCCCAGCCGCCAAUCUAACACCACGUGGCCCCAUAAAACCCGCGUCCUUCCCUCAGCUUUCUCCUUUUCUCUUCUUUUCUCAUCUUCCCUUUUCAUUCCUAUCAGUCCCUUGGAAGAGAAAUAGUAAUUCCAGACAUUAACAAUGUUGUCGACCCCCGGUAUGCCCACGUCGAGCCAAUGGUACGACCGUCACCGCAGAUGCAAGGAUGGCUGCUCGCACGAGGGAAAGCUUGAAUUGAUCACCUGGACAUCCACGGCUGGUGGGGACCGCAUGGGAUGGGGCAAUUGCCUAGCUUCCGAAUCUGACGAACUCAAAGAAAAAUUUGAGAAGGAAUUCAACUCCAACGAGGAGAAGAUGUACGAGUACUGGCCACAGGGUUUCCGGUGGACCUGUUGCGGAACGGAGGGAGAUCAGCGAUUUGGAUGUGACCACCAUGGAAACGGAAGCACGCCAUGUAGCUGCGAUUUUUGCAAGGUUAGUACUCUUAGGCGCUUGUUCGACACGGAAUAAUGGCAUUUGCUUAUCAGAAGCGGUAGAUUGGCAAACCAAUUCCGGAC